AUGACUGAUUUCACUCCAUUUUAUGUUGAUCGGGCUAAAGGCGCCAGAGCUUCGUGCAAAGGAUGUAAGGGCAAUUGUCCUAGUGGAGAAUUACGUAUGGCUAAAGUUGUGCCCAGUCCAUAUGGAGAAAAUCAACAUAUGAAAUCAUGGCAUCACAUAGAUUGUCUUAUGAAUGCCUUACUCAAACAAAGACCAGCCACAAAACGCAUAGAGUCGAUAGAUGAUAUAGGAAAUUGGGCCAAUAUCAGCAAAGAUGACCAGGAAUACAUAUUAAAGAAGAUUAAUGAUAUGGAGAAGUUAUAUUCCGAUAAACACAGUGGCAAGUAUACAGCCAAGGUGUUAAAAAACGAGUCUUGUACCCCAUUGAAAAUACAGGCCGCCACACCUACUAAAAAUAAUGAUGAUACCAGAGUACAAACAGAGGAUAAUAUGUUUUCAACUUUUUACUCGCUGUGCAAAAAAAUAUCAAAGGUUGAUGCAUACACUGAGAAAACUGCUGUCGUCAACAACUUUUUCACUAAAGGAUGUGACGGCAACAAAUACCAAGGGGAUUUGGUGUUAUGGUGUAAAAUGUUGCUGCCACAAGUGACUAAAAGAGUUUACAAUUUGAAAAGCAAGCAAUUGGUAAAGUUGUUUUCAAGAGUCUUCAAUACAGAUCAUGAUGAUAUGUUGACUCAUUUAGAACAAGGCGAUGUUGCAGACACAAUCCAAAACUUCUUUUCUAAGUCUAGGUCUAUCCAGCCAGCAUCACAGAGUACUUUAACCAUACAUGACAUAGAAAACUUUUUAGACGACUUGUCGAAACUUACAAAGGAAGAGGAACAGAUAUAUCAUUUCAAGAAAAUUGUUAAGAAAUGCACAUUAAAUGAUAUGACUAUGUUAAUAAGACUCAUUAAAGGGGAUUUACGGAUUAAUGCUGGUCCUAAGCAUAUUCUUGAAGGAAUCCAUCCAGAUGCGUACAAAGUCUUUCAAACUUCUAGAGAUUUGGACAUGGUGUUAGAUAAAGUACUGCCUACAAGUAGCAAUGUGAAACAUAAAGAUGCAACACAAAAAGCCGUCCAAGCAAAACUAAGUCUUAUGACUCCUAUCCUCCCAAUGUUAGCAGAAGCAUGUAAGUCUGUAGAGAUGGCUAUGAAAAAAUGUCCAAAUGGUAUGUUCUCUGAAAUAAAAUAUGACGGAGAAAGAGUGCAAGUCCACAAGAAAGGCAGCGAGUUUAAAUAUUUCUCUCGUGCUUUAAAACCUGUGAUGCCUCACAAAGUGAAUCACUUUAAGGACUAUCUGCCUAAGGCGUUUCCUAAAGGGGAAGAUAUGAUUUUGGAUGCUGAAGUACUGAUGAUAGAUGUUAAUACUGGGAAACCCUUGCCUUUUGGUACUUUGGGGGUGCAUAAACAGUCUGAAUUUAAAGAUGCCCAAGUGUGUUUGUAUAUAUUUGAUUGUUUAUAUUAUAACGGGGAGGUAUUAAUGGAUAUGCCUAUUAAAAAGAGGCGUCAAAUACUCUAUGACAAUAUGGUGGAAGUAAAAAACCAUGUUAUGUUCUCGGAACAACAGUUGAUUAGAAAACCAGCUGAUUUAGCGAACAUGAUUGCUGAGGUUCUACAACUAGGUUUAGAAGGCUUGGUACUUAAAGAUCUAGAAUCCACAUAUGAGCCUGGCAAGCGACAUUGGCUGAAAGUUAAAAAGGAUUAUUUGUUUGGUGGUGCAAUGGCAGAUACAGCCGAUCUUGUUGUUUUGGGAGCUUGGUUUGGAACAGGAAAAAAAGGUGGAAUGAUGUCUGUGUUUCUAAUGGGAUGUUUAGAUACUCGUAGGAAUAAGUGGGUAACUGUAACUAAAGUUCAUACUGGUCACGAUGAUAGUACAUUGGAGAGAUUACAGAAGGAAUUAGCGCCUAUUAUGGUCAAAAUAUCACAAGACUAUAAUAAGGUGCCUUCAUGGUUAGACUGUAAUAAGGGAAUGGUCCCAGAUUUUGUCGCACAAGAUCCAAAGAAUCAACCUGUUUGGGAAAUUACAGGAACUGAACUAACAAAGGCAAAUCUUCACACCGCAGAUGGCAUUUCAGUGAGGUUCCCAAGAGUGACAAGGAUACGAAGUGAUAAGGACUGGAAAACAGCUACCAAUCUAGAUGAGCUGAGACAUCUGUACAAAACAUCCAAAGAAAAAACGGAUGUUUCGCUAUUAAAUAAACUAGCAGCUAGCACUUCUGACGAUUCGAAAUCACCUCCAAAGAAACUCAAACUUAGCCCCACGAAAGCUGGGAAUUUAGACUCUUUUGUUAUAAAAAAGAAAAUAAAAACAUCCCCAGACGAAAAAAUGCGUCUCUCACCGAUUCACGAAACAAAAGUUAAAAAGAAAACAAUUAAAUUGGAACCCGAUACAUCCAUUGAAGAUAAAGCAUCAGAUAUAAGUUGUUGUAGUGAUAAAACUAUAGACACGUCUUCGUCCAGAAAUCAACAGCUAUUAACAGAAAAUCCAUUACCAGAUGUAUUUAAACAUAAGACAAUAGGUUUCUAUCCAGACUUUUUAAGCAUACCUGAGAAGGAAAGAAACAUAUUCGAGAGACAUUGGAUUGCAUAUGGCGGAUCAGUUGUUAAAUCUAUAAAACAUAUGGACGUGGACUAUGUAGUUCACAACGAAGCGGAAAUCGAUUUUAAGAAAAUGCAAAAGUUAAAACGGAAGAUGCCGGAAGACGUUCGACAUGUUACGAAAAGCUGGUUGAUAGGUUGUAUUAAUAACGUGAAAUUGGAAAAUACGACUAAUUUCGCUGUUUUUGUAAAUCCCUAGCAUGUAUUUAUUAAUGGACUACUAUUGUUAUCUGUUAUGAAUUCGUUAAAUGAUAUCUAUGCCAAAUAAUGUUUUAUUACGUGGCUUUGACAAUCUGUGGUAUCAAUAAAUGCCGUUAUUUUUUA